UCUCUGCACCUAUGGUCACAUGAAUGUCAGCGCUGCAGGCCAGAUGCCGGUGAUGGAGGAACUUGUCAGUGAGAGCGACAGCAUGCCGAAGCGGUUGGCUCUGAUCUGCUUCCUGUCUCUGGUCAUGCUGAUGAGCGUCCUGGGAAACCUGCUGGUCAUGGUGGCCGUCUGCAAGGACAGACAACUCAGGAAAAUCAAGACCAAUUACUUCAUCGUGUCUCUGGCGUUUGCUGACUUGCUCGUGUCGGUGCUGGUGAUGCCGUUCGGCGCCAUCGAGCUCGUCCACCAACACUGGAUCUACGGCGAGACUUUCUGUCUGGUCCGGACGUCGCUGGACGUCCUGCUGACCACGGCGUCCAUCCUGCACCUGUGCUGCAUCGCCCUGGACAGGUACUACGCUAUCUGCUGCCAGCCGCUGGUCUACAGGAACAAGAUGACCCCGAUGCGAGUGGCUCUGAUGAUCGGCGGCUGCUGGGUGAUUCCGACCGUCAUCUCUUUCCUGCCCAUCAUGCAGGGCUGGAACAGCAUCGGCAUCGACCACCUGAUUGAGGAGCGGCGCCACAGCGAUGCCAGCAACUCCACGUCCUGCGUCUUCAUGGUCAACAAGCCGUACGCCCUCACCUGCUCGGUGGUGGCCUUCUACAUCCCCCUGGUCCUCAUGGUGCUGGCCUACCAGAGGAUCUACAUCACGGCCCGUGCACACGCCCUGCAGAUCAGCAUGCUGCAGCGGGCGGGGGGGGCGGGUGCUUCUGACUCUGCCGACCAUCAGCGGAACCACCGCAUGCGAACAGAAACGAAGGCGGCAAAGACCCUGUGCAUCAUCAUGGGCUGUUUCUGCCUCUGCUGGGCGCCGUUCUUUAUCACCAACGUGGUGGACCCCUUUAUAGACUACACCGUGCCAGACAAGCUGUGGGCCGCCUGCCUCUGGCUGGGCUACAUCAACUCCAUGCUGAACCCCAUCCUCUACGCCUUCCUCAACAGGUCCUUCCGCCGUGCCUUCCUCAUCAUCCUGUGCUGCGGCAGGAAGAGGUACCGCCGGCCGUCCAUCCUGGGCUCCGCCGCCCCCUGCACAGCGACGCAGAUCAACGGAUCCACACACGUACUCAAGUAUUCUGUGCUUCACAACGGGAACCACACGGCGCAGAAGAAGAAGUGUCUGCAAAGCGAGUCCUGCGUGUGACCAACGACGACUCCUCCUCAGUCACAUCUCCUCUCUCGACCUCGGCUCUGACGGAGACACACCCCGGCCUUCACGCAUCCAGAGCUGAGACGCAACACAGACGCUAAACCCCGGCCGAGCUCCCGACCUGAGCCUCCAGGGGAUUUCAGGGAUCCAGGAGAGGAAUGGGACUUUGCCAGGGGAGCAUGUGGUUUUGAAGCUCAGCUGAAACUCGUCUUGAAAAGUGGGGCAGGAACUGGAACAGAACCAGUUCUCUCUUUGUUGCUGGUUCCUCAGAGACGUAGGUGGCCCAGUCAAACUGCAGCGACUGCCAGGACACGACUGUGCGUGGAUCAGCCGGCCCGCCGCUCGCUCCCUGUAAAGUCCAGCGCGUCCUGUGGAGAACCGGCGGCUUCUGUGGCUCGUGUAGGAGAAUUUCACAGCACGAGACGUGUUUAAUGACUUUGUUGGGGAGUCUGGGAAGUGAAACAUGUUGCCAAAGCUAUCUGAUAUCACACAGUGGACCUAUUUCUGACAAGUUCCCUUCUUUGUGGUUUUCUGUUUUCAAAAUCCGAACGACGAACAAUAGACUUCAGAAGCUUGUUCUUUGUUAAACGAGCGAAACGAUUUGGUAAAUGAGCGUUUGAAACAAGUGUCCUCCACGAGCUCAGAACAAUAUUUCUUUUUGCUAAACAUCACAUGUUCAACAUUGCGUGUCUUAGCCCCUGUUCGAAGCCGAAGAACCUUUUUGUCUCCCAGGUCAGAGCUUUUGCUAAAUCCUCGCUAAGCUGAGAGGAAAGUGUGGUUGUGAGGCCGCGUUAAAUCCCCGAGUGAAACUGUCCAAGUGCUUUAUUACAGAGGCUGCUGGUUCAUCACGGCUCCGUCCCAAUCAUCGCUUCCUCUUUACGUUCCACACAGCGAGAAGUCAGACGACCGCGAAGCAGAGACGUGGCUCAUGAACCAUUCUACAGGCGCUGUGAGGGUGUGUGUGUGUGUGUGUGUGUGUGUGUGUGUGUGUGUGUGUGUGUGUGUGUGUGUGUGUGUGUGUGUGUGUGUGUGUGUGUGUGUGUGUGUGUGUGCGUGUGUUGUCGUGUAUGAACCAUUGUCCCAUCAUGCCCUGCUGUGUUUACGUUUUAAAUGCAGCAAGUAAAAUAGAUAAACCGUGUUUAACACUAAACUCACAGAACCAGAGGAAGGAAGCUGACAAACCCUGAAUGCUGCAUCUUUAAUCAGUAUUUUUAUAUGAACUAUGGAUUAUCAUCAACAACCCUGAGUAUGUUUCAGUAUUAGAGCACAAACGAGUGCACAUUGGACUUAAAGUGGAUGAAAACGUGACCUGAUGUUGCUCCUCGUCUGUUAGAUUGGACAAACUUCUCCUUCUCCUCUCACGGUGUUAAAACGAUUAAUAAACCAGUUAGAUCAUCUCAACGUUUGUUAAUUUAUUAAUGAUCUUUAAACAAUACCUUUGUCGUGGACAUUUUGGAUGCAGCUGUGAGAAGUCGUCCGACAGUGAACAUGGUGUCAGACCCCGAAGUGAAGUGGUUUCACACGGGAGGGAAACGCAGCCCACUCUGAAAAAGUUAAUUGGACAGAAACACUGCUGAGCUGAUUCGCUGCGGAGUCAAAAAGCUCUUGACUGGAAACACUGGGAGGACGAUGUAAUUACAAGUUCUUUGCAGAGACGAGCCCAUUGACCCAGUUUGGGAAAGUUCAAACAAAAAACAUCCAAUCCUCCGAUGAAACUUCAGGAAACACGACAGCGGCUCUCAUGUUACUCCAGAUCCAUAAAUAUGAGCCUCGCAUGUCGCGGCUCCGACGGGAGACGAUGUUCAGACGUCAUCAAAGCUCAGUUCACAUCAGUGCACUUUAACUCUCCACUGUCAGAAACAUAAGUUAAAUAUGUCCGUUGUUAUUUAAGUGACGCUACAAACCAAAGUUUCUCUUUUGGAUAUCACUCACCUGCUGAGAGAAGUUUCUUUAGUUUCUCAUCAUCAGUGUUUCAUGAAUGUUUGGAGGAUUUGUCGGAUUUUCCAGCCACUUCUCCGGCCUCUAAGUGAUCUGAGGCUCUGAAGACAGAUUGGUGAUGAAGAUUCAGUCGUUUGGUGGAGGACAGAGAGGACGGAGAUUUAUUCCAACAUCCUGACGGGUUAGAGUCAAUACAGGGAAGAAUAGGACUGAAGAACUAUUAAACUAUUCGACGUCAACAUCUUUCCCCUUCUCAUCCUUUUCAUUCUGAAUAGAUUUAUUUGUUGGUUCAGAUGAUCUUCACCUUAAUGCCCAACGAGAGAUAAAUAAAGUUUGGUUUAUCAUUAAAAAGCCACUUAAACAUUAUUGAAGAAUCUGUUUUUCAAUAAACGGCAAGUUAAACUAUUUCAUUAAUUAGAAAAAUAUUCAGUUCUUCUUCUAAAUCCACCAACUCAAGUGCAAGUUGAAGGACGUGUUGUCUGAUGUUUUUGGAAUCGCUUCAAAUCUUCUCUAGUUUUCUCAAGUCUCCAUUUCUUUGCUUGUUCCUGUCAAACUGUGUCCUCUUCUCUAAUUGAAGCACAUGCACUUUGUGAUUUAAGGAUCAAUUCAGCAGAGUCAAUCUGAUUCGCAGUAUUCAGUGAAGGUGUUCGGACUCAGAUCAGCUCAGCGCUCUUCAGAUUAUUAAGAUGUAAAUUACAGAUUUCCUUUAAAAACAUUACAUUUCAGUGUCUUUGCCAAUUGAGUUGUUUCCCUCUCGUGACUCCUGAUGUGUGAAUGUUCAACGUUUAAGUUUUCCAGAUACGGAGAGAAAGUCGUAAAAGAAAAAUGUUGUCGUGGUAUUUAUUUAGAAAAUAAAAAUAAUUUGUUUUGGAUGCAAAAUUGAUGAAUUGAUGAUUAUUUUUUAUAAGACGACUGUGAAAUGUUUAGAUGAUGUUGAUGGAAAAUAGAGACGAACAAGAAGAAAGUAUUGAAAGUCUUUUCAAUUCGCUUCACUCAAAGUAAAUUUCCCUCAAAGUGAAUUAGUCUUAAUCUCAAAUUUUCUUUUUCCAACUUUAAUUAUAUUUUUCAGUAGGUGUUUGAAUUUAGCUUAAAAUUAAUGAAAAGUAGAAUCAUUAAUUAUCCCGUCUGCAAACACAGGGUUGCAGGUUUACUUACGUUUGAUAAUUUGCCUCGUCAAUAAAUGUUUUAAAACUCAAAACAGCAACUUUUCAAUUUAGAUUAUUUAACUUUUCCAAUUAAGAAAACGAGAGAUUGUCGACUUCUCUUUUUUAAUAUCGCGUUCUGCGGCGUCAACAAAGUUCCACUGAGACACUCCGACUCCGGAGGGCUCGUGUGUUCAGCCUCUUUAAAUACUUUUUGGUUUGUUGUUGUUUUUCCAAAGAUGGAGACGGACUCGGUGUAUGCAUUUGUUUUUCUAUAUCCUGCCCAUUGCUGCUCAACAGCCGCCCACUUCCACAGCUGCAGUUUCUAUGACAUCUGUUUGUGUGUGUGUGUGUGUGUGUGUGUGUGUGUGUGUGUUGCGUGGGAAGCUCCCCAACUCUCUGAAUUCAGAAAAGUCGAGCUCGCUUAGUUCCAUGAAAUCUAAUGAGCCAAGAAAAAGCAAGGGGCGACCACUUUUGGACACGAACCAAACACGUAUCACGAGAUAAAGAAAUAAAAUCCACCUGAGCUCUGGUGCGUGUUGGAAACCAUCUGAGGGGUCGUGCAGCCGAUUCAGGCAGAAAGAGACGGAGGAGAGGAACAAAAGAAAAACCUCUAAACCUAAAAGAGAAACAUUCAGAGCGUCCGUUCACCUGUGGAGGGAAUUUUCACGCGGUUUUGUAAAAUCUAAUUCCAGUGGUUGAAACUCUUCAGAGGCGUUUGAGCCGGAUGUUUGCGAGCUGAGGUCUGAACUGAAGUUUGCUGAAUUCUCUGCCAGAGAUAAAAAAGAACCGCUCUCAUCCAACGUCUCUCUGGCUUUUCACACUCACCUUCCAGAGGAGAAGCUUUUUAUUCGCUUCUGCUCUUAGAUGCUGUUACAGAGAGAAUCUCAUUGUGAUGUUCGAUGUUCAGCUUUGAGGAAACAGGAACACGGGCCAAUUCCCACACUUAGCGGAGCUUCAAAAGGACCAGAAUGCAUUGCAGCAGGCGGCAGGAGAGCAGACGACAGCGUUGCAAUUGAAUGAAGUAAAUCAAAAGUCAAACUGAACACACGUCUGGGGGUCGUUGAAAGUCAUUUCAAUAGGAUAAUCAGAAUAAAGCUCUAUGGUUAUUUUUCCCUUUGCAGAAUCUGUAGCCUUUAAAAGCCGUUUGCCUCUGAAAUAUCCCAUGAUGCACUAUGUUAUCACAUUAUUUCUAUUUCUUUUAUUUAUUCAUGAUUUCCUUUGAAAAUAAAUUAUUCCUUUCGGCGAUGUUUUGUUUUUUAAAUUGUUUUUCUGUCACAAUCACAAAGUUUCUGGUUUUGGAUCGUUCUCGUGACCUCGCAGGUGAAAUCUGCUCGUGACCUUCUCAGCUCGGCCUCUUUGCCUUUUUCCUGUUUUUGCAAAGUGAAGGUGUCCUUGGGACGGAUUCCUCUGAGGUGUCAGGGGCAGGAUUCUCUCGUCUGAGUCUUCACACGUGAACAUCGGUGCAGAAAGAUGCACAGGAGCUAAAAGCAGGUGUGUCAGACAGAGGCUGAGAAGAGGAGCUGCAGCAACGAGCCUUAUUCUUUGAACAUUACAGCAUGAAAACCUUUUCAAGUAAUAACACUAAUUAUUAUUACCAACCUGCUGAUGAGCAGAAUGUGUUUCCGUUGAAGAAAAUGAUGAUAAUAGUUUAAGUUUGAACAGACUUUGGACACUUGCUGCUAUUGGUGCGACUUCCUGACUUUUAUUCCACGUCUGUGUCCAUCGCAACACUUUAUAAUUAUUUAAUUUGCAUUUGCAGCUUUCGGCCUGAAUGUGUAUAUAAAUAAAUACAAAUCCCACCAAAUGUCUAAAGGUGACGACGACAACAACAAAAGAAACUUUUAUAAAACUCUUCAGUAUUUAUUUUGACAGAACAAAAUGGGUAUUUUCAUGUUUCAAAGGAACUUCAGCAGCUCCUCUCUCCGGGAGCUGACGUGUGUUGGACUUGU